CUCCACGCCGCUGCGCCGCGCCAUGCUGUGAGGGACCCGCCCGCCCGCCCGCCACUCCACGCCACGCCCGACCGAGAGGCACCGGGACCCGCACCCACCAGCCGCUCCGGUUCCCACCGCCCGCAAGAUGGCCAGAGGCGGCGUUCUCCUGCUAGCCUGGCUCCUGUUGGCUGCCACCCUGUCGGCCACUCUGGGGCUCGGGAUGCCCGCAAAGGAGAAGAGAGGCUGGACCCUGAACAGCGCCGGCUACCUUCUGGGCCCACAUGCCAUCGACAACCACAGGUCAUUUAGUGACAAGCAUGGUCUCACAGGCAAGAGGGAGCUUCAACCAGAAGUGGAGGAAGGAAGACCAGGCAGCAUUGACGGGCCCCUGCCUAAGAGCAACAUUGUGCGCACCAUAAUGGAGUUUCUGAGCUUCCUGCACCUUAAAGAGGCCGGGGCCCUCGACAGCCUGCCUGGCCUCCCUGUGGCCACAGCCUCGGAAGCCCUAGAGCAGUCCUGAAAGCCUCCCCUCUGGGCACAUGUGUCCUGCGCUGUAAUUUAAAGUCACUCUAGGCUGAGAAGAAACUUCUGCCAGCUCCUCAUGCCAACCCUGUUCUCUGCCUUGACGCUGUUAUAUUUAAGAUGUCUUGCAGUAAU